UGCGUGAAAUUCUCUGGCAACCGUGCGUAAAUCAAAUAGCUUAUCGGAGAAUUUAUUGGAGUACUAUAUUACUUUGUCAUGUGAACGUAAAUUAAAAUGAGUUUUGGAGUGGCCACCAGGUUUGAGACCAGUGAACAAGGUGGGAAACCUGCCAUAUUUUGGCAGCAGCAAGGAGCAGCAGCAUCUAAGAAACAUAAGAAGUUCAGUUACAAGCAAAAAGCACAGCCUUUCCCCCUGAGGUCUAAAGUCCAGAUUGAAGAGGAUCCCCCACCCCCUGCCCAUAAGUUUACACAGAACAAAAAGCAUACCCUACCAACCAAUGAAAAGGCCGCUUCUAAGAGAUCUCAAUCGGCCAAUAAGAAUAAAGCUUCUGAAUUGCCUCGACAAAAGUCAACAGAAAAUGCCCCAGAGAAGGAGAAACCAGCUCCAGAGAAGACAGUGCUGCUAAUUUAA